AAAAAAUGAGGGAGAACAAUGAGAAACAGAAAAGAUUUUCUCUUCCCAUACAAGAAUCCACCGUAAACAUAAAAAGCACCAGUUUUCUCUUGAUAAAGUCGAACCUCCUCAUCUCUAGCAUACGGAUUCGAAUGGGGAAGAAGAAGUUUUGAGAGAGAUGGGUAGGAAAGAUGUGGUUUUUGCCAUAGCAGCAUGCUUUAGAGAAGCUUGCCACCACCCAUUCUUAGUGGCCAUAUUGUGUUUCUUAGUAUUUUUGCACAGAUCAUUCCCAUGUCUCUUUUCCUUAUUACUCUCUGUCUUUCCCGUCAUAUUCUGCACUUUUCUUUUACUUGGAGUGUUGCUUAGCUACAGCCAACCCGAAUUCCCCAAAACUGAAAGGGGUGAAGAAAGGAUUCACACGGGCGUGCAUUUUAAACCGCAGUUAACCCAAGAUGUUGACAUCAUUGAAAGAGAUGACAGAUUUUUGAAAGUUCAGUUUGGAUUUCAGAGUUCUAGUGAAUUUGGAAAUGAUAAAUGUGUAAGCUCUUGUGAUGAUUCCAAGCACGUCGAUACCGAGCAACACGAGGAAGAAGAUGAUGAGAAUUUAGAUUCACUAUCGGAUCGAACAUCUGUUGUUGACAUUGUUCCGAUUCUUGAUGAGCUCCACCCACUUUUAGAUAAUGGUAUCGAAUCUGAAGACAGUAUGGGGGAAGAAACCAAAUUGUUACAAGAUGAAGAUGAUGAGGAAACACUUGGAAGUGAAGGUUGCUUAUCAACGAGUGCGUUCAAGUGGACCGAGGAAGAUGAGAAGAACGUGAUGGAAGUGGGAAGCUCCGAGCUUGAACGAAACCAACUUCUGGAGCGUGUUAUGGAGAGGCGAAAGUCAAGAAAAUGUGUGAGUAUGAUGGGCAUAAAGGAAUUCUCAAGCUUGGAAAGUUCUAGUCCUCAAAGUAACGUUCCACCCCACAUCAUAGUCACGAGAAGGCAUAACCCUUUUGAUCUUUUGAGCGGCGAUAUGUACAAUGAACAAGAAGGAUUGCCCCCAAUUCCUGGAUCAGCUCCAUCUGUUUUAAUACCGAGGCAAAACCCCUUCGACGUUCCUUAUGAUAUUUCAAUAGAAAAUUCUCAACUUGAUUUUCAACCUAAAGAUGCAUUCUACCGUAGGAGCGGGACUUUUAGUGCAGGACCAUAUGGGUCUUGCUUUUUUGAUGAAGAAACAAGCUACUCAGGGGCUUAUACACACUCAAAUGACUCAAAGUCAAGUUCGGUUACUGAAACUGAUUCGACGGGCUCAAAGAACCCCGAUGACACCAAUGUCAUCAACGAAGAUAUAGAAGAAAAUAAAAUUUUGGUCUCCGAAAACGUGGGGCACGGGAGUGAAUCAUCCGAAGAAGACGAGUCUUUGGAAUUGGGCAUGAGAAAUGUUUUAGUGGAUGAGAUUGUAAUGAACAGCAGCAAUAGUCUUUCCAGCUCCUCCUCGUCAUCAUCAGAGGCAAGUGAAAGAAUUUCCAUUGAGAACGAAAAGAAUUUGUGUGUGGACAAUGAGAUUUCAAGACAACUUUCGUUGGAUGGAUCAGAGUUAGACGAGGAGAGUGGGCGCAAGGGAGAGCCUGUUUAUGAUAUAAGCCCUCCUCGUGUUAGGAGAAACUUUUCCUCUUCAUCCAUUGUUUUUGAUCUACAUGAGCCGUGGUUUCCUCCUGUACAAGUCAAGAGAACUGUGUCCUUUGCUGAAGGUGUUAUUAUGAUGGGAAGCAAUCGAGAGAGUGAUAUCAUGUCCUCUCCUUUUGCCAAGGAGAAGAUUUUUGGAAGAACCCCCAAGCAAGAACAACUUUUCCCAUCAAUGUCUGAUGCAAAUACACAAGAAAGUUUAUCAUAGAUAGUCAAGCCUAGUACAAAUCAUGAGCAAGAUUAAUGAUGGUUCAAGAUUCAAUCUGUUUAGAUAAAAUCAGCCUAGAAUUGAGAAUUCUCAUUCGUCGAAUAGAUAGACCUUUUCAGUGUGCAAGAUUGUUGCAAGCUAAUUUGUAGUUUAGACAUUGCUUCUCACCUAGAAUCACAUUUCAUAUCUUUAUCAUAUGAAAAUGUCCUUGAGGAUUGGGUUGUAAGGCAAUAGGUUUGGAUUGUCCUUCCAAAUAUUAAAUUAAAUCGUGUGCAAGUUUUUCUUGAUAAAGUAGAAUAUUAUUUUUUUAUUUGUAAGGUAAAAUAUUGCCUAGUCCUUUGUUGAUUUCCU